AAAGCCAGGCUUCGAAUGGAUUAAACCCAUUAAUCUAUCGGAUAAAUUGAAAAAUCGAUGAAAUCUGGGGGUUAAUUGAAACAAACGAAACUAUUUGGAUAAAACCGAGAUACCAGGGGAAAAUUAAACUAUACCCAUAAAAAACAUUACUUGCGUACGAGGAAAAUCAGUUACUGAGCAAUUAUUUGUUGUUGCUAAAAGAAGCGAAGAUGAAGAGAAUACAGUGUAGUAUAGCUCUUAAUCGGACAACAAUUGGGUUAUUGUUGUUGUUGGUCGCGUUAGCAAAUGAAUUGAAAGUAACCGAAGCAUCGAAUUCAGCUUCAGCUUUUGUUCAAAACGUUAUCUACUCCAACAAGAUCGUCAUCUUCUCCAAAUCUUACUGCCCUGCAAAAGCUGAAUCUCACUUGAGCAUUUUGGGAGGAAGAAUUGUUAUUUGUUUUCUUUUUGUUUAUAGGUAUUGUUUGCGUGCCAAGCGUGUGUUCAGUGAACUGUAUGAGAAACCUUUUGCCGUGGAGCUUGAUCUUCGAGAUGAUGGAGGUGAAAUUCAGGAUUAUCUGCUUGAUUUAGUUGGCAAGCGCACUGUCCCUCAAAUAUUUGUGAAUGGCAAGCAUAUUGGUGGAUCUGAUGAUCUCAGAGCUGCCGUCGAGAGUGGUGAACUGCAGAAACUUCUAGGCACGGAGUAGUGGAAAUGCUGGAAUCUGAUUAGAAGCUGCAUCUGGUAUUGAAGUCCAAUGGAGCUUGAAGUAUUUAUCAUAACUUGAUAAGGUUCUGUUUUUGUAGAGCCAUGUUAACAACACAUGGUGUUGAUAUAGGGUUGAUUUUGUCCUUUGUUUUGAAAUUGUGAGUUGAAGUUAAAGAAUAUAUCAUAGCAUUUAAACCUUUGUUAAAUGAAGUAAAAGACAUUUUUCUUGUAA